AUGUAUUUCUAUUAUUCCCGAUCUCCUGAAUUAAUUAAACAUAAACAAAAACGUUAUUUUAAUCGAUCAAAUAUUAUUCAUGAACAUCCAUAUUCAAUUCGUAUUGAAGCUUAUCAACUAAAAUUCAAUCGAAAACCAAAACGAUUUGCUGUUUGGCAAUAUCCAAUCUAUUUUGAUUUUCUACCAGUUUAUCGUUUCGUGAAAGUUCUUCAUUUAACAAAACCAAAUCCAUGUAAAAAUCAUUCUUGCAAUCCAAAUCAAGAAUGUUUUCAACUUCUCAAUCAAAACUCACAAUAUAUUUGUCUUUGUAAAAGUAACUAUUCCGGUAUAAAUUGUUCAGAUUUUCAUCCAAUAUGUAAUACAAAUUAUUGUUCAUCAAAUUCUCUUUGCAAACCAACUUAUCGAGGUAUUAUAAAUGAUAAUCAAUUACCUUAUUGUAUCUGUCCGAUGAAUUAUAUUGGUCAUCAAUGUCGAUUAUUUCAUUUAUCACAAAAUCUAUGUCGAAAUGGUGGAACAUUUUAUCAAGGAUCAACGCCUGAUGAAUACAAUUGUGAAUGUACUACAGAAUACACAGGACCGAAUUGUAAUCAAACUAAACAAUCAAUUCAUUUAUAUAUUAAUAAAGGAAAUGAUGAUCAAGAUUAUCAAGGAUUUGUUAUUCAAUAUUAUCAUAUUGAUUUCAAUUCAUUUGAACUUAUUCUUGUCAAUCAAAGCGUUUAUUCAUAUCUUCCUGAUUCAUUACUUUAUCUACAUAAUGAACAAAAUGCACCCGAAAUUAUAUUACUUAAACGUUAUACUCGAUUUCAUCAGAGUGAAAUCUAUAUAAUUUCAUUGCAUUUAAAUGUUAGUUCGAUUGAAGGAACAACAUCAAUAACAGAACAAAAUCGAUGCAUAUCUCAUCGUGCCAUGUCACAAUUAAAAAUCUCUGUAUUUGAAUAUCAUUAUCUUUGUCGUAAUAAUCAUAGUAUAUUCUGUUUUUAUGAUGAUAAUUAUCUGUGUAUAUGCGGUGAAAAUCAUAGUCGUGUCGAAUGCUUUAGUUAUAACAAUGAUCGUGAUCGUUGUUUUCAUUGUUUAUCAAAUGGUGUUUGUUUAAAAGGUGAGCAAAAUGAGUUUUUAUGUAUUUGUCCUGUAUGUUAUGCCGGAAAAAGAUGUGAAUUUAAUUUCGAAUCAUUUUCUUUUACACUUGAUCAAUUAUUUUUUCACGAUCUUUUAUCUUAUAAACCGAUUAUACGACAAAUAACAUUCUAUACACUUAUUAUCACACCUUGUCUUCUAUUUCUAUUGGGUUUAUUCAAUAAUAUCUGUUGUUUUGUCACAUUUCGUCGACCAAAAUGUCGUCGUAAUGGAAUUGGAAUGUAUUUAUCAUAUAUAACUCUAAUUAAUCAAUUGAAUUUGUCGAUUCUUGUUAUUCGUCUUAUUCAUUUAACAUUGAACAUAUGUCAUUUGUAUUCUAAUCCAACAUUCGAUAAUUUCAUUUGUAAAAUCUCGAAUUAUCUGUUAACUUCGACUACUCGUAUUAUUUAUUGGUUAAAUUCACUCAUAGCAAUCGAACGUGUUUGCGUUGUCUUAUUUUUAAACAAAAAUUGGUUGAAACAGAAAUACAUUGCUCGACGUUUUAUCAUCUGUAUAACAAUGUGUAUUUUAGUCACCAAUGCUUAUGAACUUGUUUUUAUUCAAUCGGAAGUUCGUGUUAAUGAGGAAAACAGUACAAUAUGUGUAUUGAACUUUUCAUUGGAUAAUCAUUUGUGGAAAAUGCUACAUAAAGUUGUUACUAUUAUCAAUGCAUUGCUGCCAUUUCUUAUUAAUUUAUGUUGUACCAUUAUGAUUAUUUACAUUUCAACAAAGAACAAAAUGAUUAUUCAUAGAAAACACACAGAUAAUCCAUUGACACAUACUAAAAUCAUAGAUAGUCAAGAAGAUGAUAGUGUGGUAACGAAAAAUAUCGAAAGAAAUGUAAGUGAUAUUAAUAUUGACUUCAAGAUUUCAAGUAAAAGUAUUAAUGAUAUUGAUUUACAAGUACGACAAUCACAAAUGAAAAGAUUAAAUCGUUUUCAUUUAUUCAUCAAUGUAUUAAUUGAAAAAAAAGAAUUAAUUAUAGCACCAGCAUUUACUCUUAUUCCUCAAAUAUUUUCAUUACCGUUCUUUAUUGCUUCAUUUUCACUGCAAUGUAAAAAUAUUCAAAGUCAUCAUUUACGAUAUGUUUUAAUUGGAUCCUAUUUUACAACAUUUAUUCCUCAACUGACGAGUUUCUUUCUUUAUAUUACACCUUCAUCGUACUAUUCGAAAGAAUGGCGUACAACGUUUAUUGGACAGCGAAUCAAUAUCUGCAAAUAG